AUGCUGCGGGUGCAGCAGACCCAGGCCGAGCACGCCGAUCGGCUUUCUCGCUUGGAAAGGAGGCAGGAUGAGGAUGCUCGCGUGAAGUCUGUCUGGGGAGGCGCGUCUCCUUUCCCAAGUGUGCUGGGCGGCACUCCGCAGCAAGUGCCUCUGCAACAGCCCACUGCCGACGCCUUCUCCAAUUUUGACGACCAAUCGACUAAUCUGCUGUCUAGCUUGCACCUAGAUGCGGACGAAGAGCCAAGGCGUCUUGGGACAACGUCCAGAGCAAACAGCGUGAGAUUCGAUGAGACAGCUAAUCAAGGUCACUGGUCCCAUGCGUCCCGGUCGUCCAUGGACCUAAUACCACGUACUGGAAGUAGCCUUGGUGGCCAUCCAAUGACUGAACGGAGUUACUCGCACAAGUCAGAUGGGCGCCAAAGCUCCGCUGCUGCGUCGGUGCAUUCAGCCACCUCUGGCCGUGCGAAUAGUUUGGGUCUCGAAUCUACUUUUCCUGUUGGCACCCCCGCACUGGAGGUUCCGCGUCUUGCCCCCGGCUUGUUCAUCCUGGGCUCGGUUCCCGCUAUCAUUCGAUGCUGGCUCAACAGAAACUUCAAGCAUGACUCGCUCCUCUAUGCCGCUGUGUGCACUGGAUCCUAUACCUCGUGUUUGGACAUGGCCUUGAUCACCAAGCUGGGCUUCGAGUCAGAGAUCAGAUACCCUGAGGAUGGUGUUCGCAAGAUUAAACUCGAGCUCUAUUUGCCCGAAGCGAUUCCCUAUCCAGCUUCUUCGCGUUCCAGUAGCCCUACACCGCAACUUCCCUCGCUGACCGUUGACUUCACCGUUGUAGAGUCUCAAGCAUCGGAGAAGGACUCAAAGGCUAUCAAGGUCUUCCUUGGUAGCGACUUGCUACGAUCCCAUAACGCAGACAUUCUGCUGUCGUCGAACACACUGACCUUGUUUGAUGACGACAGGAGCAAGCUUUCCAUACCAUUGGUUCGUCCGGAACAUGAUGGCGCAUUCAAAACGCUUCAAGUUAGCAGCUCUCCUUGGGUCAGACCAGAUGAGCAAGGAAAUCACCAGGAUACAUACCAAGAAGCUGCGAUAGGCCAUGCGGUUGUUUCGGAAAAGCCCAUGCCCCAGACUUUGGAGGGACUCAAAGCAGUAUCUGUAUCACCCGCCCCCACAGGAUCUGAUAGUGACCGAAAUGUCACUGUCCCAUCUUCCGAGGACGGAAACACUUCUCAAAGCGAUCGAAGGAGUCUUGAACGCCCAGCCUGGGGGUCCAGCAGCCGGAAUGGUGCAAAAGAAUCCACAGAGGGAGACUCCACUGGACCCGGCCUUUCCCGUACAGGAUCAUCCCCCGCUAUCUGGGGCAACUGGCGGCGCAACGCCGAGAAAUCGGAAUCCAUGGACUGGGCUGGCGCAAGCAAACCACCCAGCAACGACACAUAUCAACGCCGUGAUACUGGGAUCAAGGUGCUGAAGCCAAUUCGCACUUCGUCCCGCACUCCAUCCACGUCGCAAGGCCCGGCUUCUGCAUCCACUCCCACCAGCCAGUCGCGUUUUUUCGAUGAGGGCCGCCGCCGCGUGACAAGUGUAUCUUCCGUGUCGACCGUCGGCGUCGACACACAGCAACAGCCGCAGCCAAAGAGAACCAUCUCAACUGACAUAUCAAAGAUGAGCGGAUCCUCGAGAGAUGGGGGCAAGCCUAGAUCUACGAACCCAGUCGGAGGCGCCUCGGCCUUCUCUUGGCUGAAGAAUGGACAGAAGUGA